GCACGCUUGUUGGUGGGAGGAGUAGCUCGCCAUUCAAACUAGUUUUGUAAACAUUAUUGUCUAAAAUGACACGAUUUGGGAUGCUUUGACAUGUUUUGAGAUUUUACCAUAGCUCGGCGUCUUAUAAAUCGCGGAAUUGCUAUCAGGAAUUCAUUUUUUCUAGUUCUUCAGAUAUCAGUUGGAAGUUUGUGGAGCAGCCAUUUUUUCACCCGAAACGUCGCCGUGGACGCUGGUUAAUACGAUUACAACGUCGUUAUCAGUUUUUAUGCGACUGAACUGAACUCGUUUGGAUUUGUCACGGAGAUAUCGGUCAGCGAGAGAAGAUAUUUUCCUCGGAUAAUCUGUAGCAGACAAGUUGGGAAUCACAUCGCCGUUUUUCUGGACUAACUGUUAUUCAUCAGCGCUCGGGUUGUUGCAUUGCACGGCCAGUAUUAGAUAUGUUUAUCUAAACUAACGUUACAUAAUCUCUGCCUGAUUUGCCAGCCACUUGGGCUGGUUUUUUAUAGUUUUAAACUACUUGUUUUGUCUUUUUUUUAUUAAGUUACGUUAUCCUUUUACAAAAACUGAACUUUUGCCUGGAAAGAUGAAUUUCGUUACACGGAGGCACGGCAAGUCUCCAAAUCUUAAACCCGUUCGCCAAAAGUUGCAGUUUUUGGUCAGUGACGGUGAAGAAGACAGCAUUGAAGACGCGAACAACAGCACCGGAGCCGAAUCGGGCUUCACGGAGCUGGACUCGCCGGUGUCCAUGCGGCGCAGCGGCGAUAAGAGGCCGGCGGACCUGGGCAGCAGCAGCCCGCUCAGCCGAACCAGAGACGACGACGAGUCCUGGGACGAGGAGGGGUUCGGCUCACCGUCUCGGGCAAAACCAACCUUUUACAUGAAAAGCUCUCCAUCGCCAAGGAAAAGUCCACAGGCUUACGACAGUUCACCUGAGAGGAGUUACAUUCACGAUGACAUGGACGGAUCCAGCUCUCCUGUCCCAGACUGUCCUGAUACACCGCCCCAUAAAACCUUCAGAAAACUCCGGCUGUUUGAUACACCUCAUACCCCAAAGAGCUUAUUGUCAAGGGCCAGGACAAAGGCAUCGACGAGCCGGAGAGUCGCCCUGUUUAAGAAUGUUGAUUCUACAAGCAAAGCCUGUCUGGACGGAAGACGAAACCAGACACCUCUGGUAAACAUCAACCCCUUCACCCCGGACUCCAUUCUGGUGCAAUCAUCGACACUACAACGAAACAACAGGAAACGAGCACACUGGAAUGACUCAUGUGGAGAGGACAUGGAUGCAAGCGAUCCUGAGAUAGAGGAUGAGCUCAUUCCACCCUCAAAGAUUCUGUUACUUGAUGUUAAGGCAGUUUCAGCCAGGAUUUAA